UGGAUUAAGAUCACAGUGACACAUAUUUGUUGCUCGACGUGCUCUUACUUACAUACAACUAUGACCAGAAGUGUACUUGCGUCGCGCCGCCGUGAAGGCACUCCAAUUCGAAAACGCCGACGUAGAGGCGUAAGCACUCGGAUGACCAAAACCAACACUGUGGAAAGUAGUUGAAUCAAGCAGAUAUUCACAUUGAUAAAAGAAAUUAUGAAGCUCUCUUCUGCGUUUUCCGCUGCCACGGGUGAGCACGUGACCAACGCUAGGUGCAGUUCUUCGCAACUUGAGAACGAGGGGGCGUUCAAGCGCUUGAAGAACAUGGCGAGAGGGAGCAGAGAAAUUCCUUCACCUCCUUCGGCGACGGUUUGUCAGGCCGGUGGGCGCAGCGUUAAAAAUAGAAACACGUCAUUUUGGGGCACUCUCACUUCUCCCAGCGGCAGCUCCUCCUCCUGGUCCUCCUUCCCCACGGUUUCUACUUCGCCGAGGAUUUUCCCAGAAAGCGUGGCUGCGGGGCCGGGCGGCAAUCAAAUUCAAACCGAAACUGGACUACACAUACAUUCUACUUCAAAAGAUCGCGAUUUUUUUCCAUUCCUGCCCGACGCGAACGCAAAUAAACGCACUGCGAGGAGCGCUACGUCUUUCUACUUUUACGAUGAAGCGGACGUAGUGGCUCUCAACAGCGACAACGAACCCGUCCUCGUGAACCUUAUGCCAACAUGCAAUUGGGAAGGGUGUGUCUGCGUCACUAUGAUCUUCGCACACGCAAAAAACGUAUCUGUUUUUGCAUUUCUGCGCGUCCAGAUUAGGAUCUAUGUCUGCGAGAAGUUCUUCAGAGAAAAAGCACCAGUCACGCCCAACAAGCACCUUCUCAUGCUGAUGCUGAAUACGAUGCAAUAGAACGCAGCCGUGUUGUUGUUAAAAUUUGAAGCUAUGGAUGCUGCAUGCAAGCACGAUGUUGGCUUCAUAUUUGUUUCGUCCUGAUGUAGACACUCACACUGCCUUUUAUUUUGCGCACCACCAUAGAUUUCCGCCAGGAGCAAAACCGCGAGUACGUGAUCGCGACGGGGGCAAUCACGGGCCUGCUGGCUGGGACGCUCUUAUGGAUUGCAAAAAUGUCUGGGUCUGGGAGAUUCUGACACUUGUCAUGCACGUUUUGCAUGAGCCAUGACCGACGUCUGUGAUGCAUGCCGUAGCAUCACAGAUUUUUCGAGUGGUUCUUGAUGCCUAUUUCGCAUGACAAAUGUCCUAUCCGCGUAGCAAAAAUUACAUUCCCUUUGCCACUCAUGCAAUACAAUUUUUUUUGGAAUCCAAAUGCAGCAUCACAAGUUGCAUUCUUCCAGACCCAGACAUUUUUGAAUUUGAUAGCUGUAUUUCGUCGGCAAAAGUCUGGGGAUUAUCACGGAAGACGGAAUAUCCCACAGAAAAAAGCUGGCAGGUCAUAUUUGUAAAUGCAAAAAUGAAUAGACAGAAAGAUCUGCCAUGCUUGGCCGCAUAGCAUGCUGCUUCAGAUAUGCAAUGCAGAUUUUUUUGUGUAUUUAUUUUUGCAUUACAAAUAUGCCCUGCCAGUUUUUUUCUGUGUGAUACGGAAGCACUAGCCGGCCGCGGCGAAGAAGAGGCACAUCGACGGCGAAAAAGCGAGCGAAAGACGCGGACAGCACGCCUGAAGCAAGUGACCAGGAAGAUAUGGAGGACUGAUAUUAGCCAAGAAGGCUCGAGCCUGCGUAUAAUGAGCUUCUUUUAUUGUUAUUUCGCAAACAAAGGUCCGCUGAGAAUAGAAGCGAAGGGCCACGAGAUCAUAUGGAUGAGCGACUUCCUCUCGGAAAGUAGAGUUAGUACCAAGAAUAGCUUUCAGCAACGAAGAACAGUAAUUGCGGAAAAAGUGCUUGCUUGCAGCUACUCCUCGAGGUUUCCCUGCUUAUUUGAAAAAUUUCAUGAAAAGAAAAC